CUUGAAGAAUCGUGCCAUUGAAGAUGUUGAGUACACUUCGUGGGCAACCGCGUCUCGGCGGUGCGCUAAGUGGUAGAAAUCGGCCACUUGUGGGAAUCACGUGCUGCACCUCUCUUGGCGAGUUCCUUGGCCAGGAGAAGCGUGCGUCUCCGCGCGGCGGUGACGAGCAUGUCUUGUCUUCCUGGUGCACCGAUUCGUCGGUAACAUUCUCAGGCCUGUGCUCACGCUCCACUGCGAGCUCUUCCCAGCAGCGACGCGGCUACACGACAUUCGGCGGUGAGGACUUCUUUUCGGACUUGUACGAUGCUCGCAAACCAUUGGCCUCCUACACGCCUAAGGCUGCCGCGAACGUAAAGCUCACUUCGAAGGAGUUUGUGAAGAAGAUUCGCAAAUGCCAUGGGCUUUACGAGACGGUGUACGACGAAAUCUUGGCCGAGUUGGAUUCCCAGGGUCACAGUUCACCAGCCGCAGAGGCUAGCGUGCUGAGUUCGGGCUUAUGGCAAAAGCAAUCCUCCUUUGAUCUCAUUUCCUUAGAAAGAUUGCUUCUGCUUGAUGUUCAUCUCAGAGCUUCUUGUCUAAUUUCUGAGGCUAAAAAAAUUUUUUAUCUCUGGCUCAAAAAGAAAAGUUGAAAUUAUACGAUCUCUCUAAUUCUGCUGAUGACGUCUGGGUCCUCUGCUUCUUCUAGCUCUACUUUGUCUUUGUCGCACAAGUCCCGAUCCGCUUUUUUUGAGAGUUUGAUGGCGAACAUGGUGUUUCCGAAGCAUGUGCACCGGUACUUCAUGAAGGCAGCUAAUGGCGCGAGUCUUUUUCCGAGCUGCAUUUACACGCACGGAGCUGCAGGCUUAGGUGACUACUGCCUAGAAGCGACGGCGAAGCGUGACGGCUCAAACGUCGAUGUUGACCAAAGGAACAUACAAGAUGCACUGCGAUUUGUCACCUACUACCGAUCGCCACUCAUGCUGGAAGAGUAGUACUCUAUCCUUCUCAUGUGAGGUCUUGUUUUCUCAAUCCAGUAUGGUGAGGUCUUGUAUUUUAUCAUCCACUAAUGUAAUUCUGAAUAUUCUCAGAAACAAAAGAGGAAUCUACUUCCUUUCAUCUUUGUCGUUGCAUCAAGAUUUCUUGAUAUUCUAAGGUCUACUCUCACGUCCCUAAUGUAUAGAUUUUGCAAACCCGCCUUCGGGCUGGGUACAUCAUGAUCAUGUACUAUUUUUUUCAGCUGUUCGUGGGAGUGGGACGAUGCUCCUUCAACGUUCGCAAAUACGCAUCAUCUUGACGCUCUUCCAUUACAUACAUGAUAAAUAUCAAACUACAGGCUCCAUCGCAUGGGUUACGAAACGAGGGACAUUCACCGACUAGUUGCAAAGGCGAUGUUUAUGCAGUUUCAUGCAGGAGAUCCGUUUGGCCCGAAGAAAGAUCCCUACAUUUUUUCUUCCAUGACACGCAAAUUCUAUCCUUGCGAAAGUCACGUAUCGACGGGGAGCACGGACUUGGGACGAGAUUUGGAGAUGCAGGCCGCUAGAGCUUUCUGUUUAUGUCGACUCGUGUUAGUUUGAGAAUCAUUAUGAUAUAUUAGCCAAGGUCUCGCGUAUCUGACAUUGACCUACUGCUACUCAAGGACUUAACGACAAACUUCUUCUGAAUGGACUACUUCCCUUCGCAGUCCUGUUCGGCUUCCAACAGCUUGUUCUUCAUUCUUUCCAUCGGGCUUUCAUUUCCUAUGGGCACUCUUGGCGUGACCCCACCUGUUACGGUGAUCGCGAGUGGAGAUACCGGGAUGUACACUGAUGGCGCCAUGCAUGCAAUCGCGCAUCUGGUCGAAGCUCGGGAGCGCGGUUACGCGAUGCCGCUCAUUUUCUUGAUUCACGCUAACAACUCGAGCAUAUCCUCACGAGUAGGAAGGGAUGAUGGUGAGCUUGUUGACCGUGCUGGAGAACUUUAAGUUUAUUCAUCACCAAAUGAAUCUGGUGACCUACUCAAAUAAGUAAAUCAUGUGCUACUCCGAAAUGAGCAUAAUAUUUCCAGGUUCCUCCUCUAGCACUGGGUCUGACUACGGCUUGAAGAAGUUAGUCGAGCGCUUCGAGAGCUACCGCUCACUGAUUGAUCCUGGCUUUGUAUCGUGGGCGCCAGAUGUGGCAGGUGGCAUAGAGAGCAUGCAGCGUGCGGUAGACCAGGUGUGUGCUACGGGUAGACCGACAUACGUAAUCACUCGCUUUCCUUUUCGACCAGGUGGCCACGCCAACGACCAAAACCCAGCCCCGGACGCAGUUGUGGUUGACCAAUUCGCCAAGCUGAAGGAUUGCCUGCUGCACCAAUUAGCUCUCGGUGUUUACUUAUCUACAGCGUUUGAUUUUGAUCGAAGACCUCAAGGCAAUAUGAAAAUCGCCCAUGGAGGAAAAAUAGAAAUCAAUCUUACUCAAUUAAAACGAAGCAACAUGCUUAUCAUACAAUGGAGCGGGUUCUUGAACAAGAUGACUUCGUGCAUGAGGGUAGCAUGAAGAUUUGUGCUCCUUCGGCCGAAAAAAUAUACAUACUUUUCACUAGGUUGUGGCUCUGCCGCCACUUGUGGCGAGAUCAAAGACGCUCUAGAAUCGACAAACGCUUCUAUUGGUGGCGAAGUCGAUGAUGCCAUUUUAGGGCGCAAUUUUUUGACGCGGUCUGAAGCGCUAGAACUGUCUCAACCCGGUGUGGAGACAGCUUUGAAACAAGAGAAGGGAAGAAUCUUUUCGCUGCCGGCAGGCUAUCUCCUUGGGGAAUUACAGGGAGUAGAAAGUACCGGAAUGGGAUCAGACCUCUUUGCCAAGGCGAUCAACGCGGAAAUGGACAAAGCCGAUGCAGCUGGACGUCCCUGUCGUUACGUCCAUCAGGAAAAUCAUCUCCGCAGCAAAGCGAAGGAAGCGAAGAAAGUAAUCUUGAGAUGAAUUUUAUUUACAAGACAUAUUAGAAACUCCUGAUUCGUUUUACUCCCUUCACGUUAAAAGUCACUGAUUCAUUGGGUCAUCAAGCCGCAUCAUCUUUGUUAAGUAGAAUUUUACGUUUUUGACUCUGACUGUAUGAUUUGAAAAUUUCCAGAGGAUCAAUCAUGAUGUGAGUAUUCAUCUUGUUCUUCUUCUCCAGGAAGGAACAUCUGGCACCGUGGUCGUUGAGAAUCUGCGGGACAGCCGCGGCGGCGUCUAUGGAGAGCUAAAUUUGGUGAAAGAAAAGCAUCUUGCAGAAAAGUUCGUGAACUUCCUACCUCACGAGUCGGGUGUUGUGCAGGUGGGUGCGGCUUUUCGCAGUGUCGCAUUUCCGUCUACUUCUCCUUCUGCCACUAGUAAAGCUGUGGAUCCUUUGGUUUUUGUGAAGGGUCCGCAUACCAUUUUCAACGAGCACGCGCGUGACCACAUGAAGUAUGCAGCCUAUCGUUUCUGUGACAGUGGAACUGCUGGCAACGUCAUUUACAUGUUCGACGGAGGCUCGAUUGCGAAUUUCGACGCAGAUAGCGGGCAUUGGCUCGCGCGAGUGGGAGAGCAUCACAACACACCGGAGUACGCGAGUUAUGCAAGUGACGCAAAUACCGUACUCGCUCUUCCGCUAGACAUGAAUGCGUUCCAGCUGAAUAUGAAAGAAAUGGUCAGACUACACGACCUAGGACGCAUGGUCGUGUGUGUUGUGCCAACUACCGCUUUUCAGAAAUUGCAUACUCGCAUGGAGCUGCAGCUAAGCGAAGGAGACAAUGAUUAUGGAGGUGUUCGCAAUAUGCAUUUUGAUUUUAUCGUUCUUAGAAUCGAGCGACACGAACACGACCCAUUUGUGCGAGAUGAUGGUGAUGAAAGAUACACUCGUAUCACCACUGCAGUGAUCGAUUUCUUAUUUAUGCGAUUCCUGCACCAGCAGAACAACAUGGCGAAAAAAGUGAACUAAAGAUUUCCAUUCAAUUUCUAACGUAGCGACGCCGUGACUCCUACGGAUGACGGCAAUGGUUUUGUCUUAGGCGUGAAUGAUAUGAUCCGCGUCAACUUGUCGUCUGCUGAUGAUGCACCAUCGAAGGCAAGCAAUUCGUCUCCGAAGAGAAAUCUUGUAGUUCUCGGUUGGGGUCCUGAGAGUAAGAUGGUGGUCAAAGCGCUUAGGGAGGAAAAUGUCACAGAUUGCGACUUUUUCGUGUUAGCAUACAACCGAGCACCAAACAGUCUGGUACGCUUUCUGGAGAAACGCAUCGAUGACUUAAAGGUAUCUGGAGGCGGAGAUGACUUGCUGGAGAUUCUAGUAGUCGACGGGAAUCCGAAUGCUGGUUUAUUGGGUCCGGUAAUCACGGAUUUAAAACGCAAGAUGUUAAGGCAAAACUGGUGGUGGUGUUGUCAUGACUAAAAGUAUCUAUAAAUGUCGUAUCUAGUAUCGGGGUAGUGUCAAAUUCAGUAUGUGCAGCUGGCACUAAUCACUUUGAAUUUAUUAUGAAGAAACGAACAGAUCAGUCCAUGUCCAAUCAUAGAAGAACGAUAGGUUAUUUCAAGGGUUCUGUGAUUCAUCUCCACGCACUUUUUCUGGACGCACCUCAGUCGCCAUAGAUAGAUAUAAAAAACUAGCAGCUCUAAUGAGAGGGCCUCGUUCUGCACGCCAGCUUAGGUUCACCGAGUGCACAAUCCCGAGCACGUAUAUACCCUACGGACUCGGCGACUCCCUCAUGCAGGUCGAGGACGUGCGAAAAAGCAUUCAACAAAUCUCGGAGGCCCAGAACAAAAACGGACAAUGCGUCAGUCUCAGACUUGGUGUCGUUCCCAAAGCACUCGGGUCUUAUAGUUCUUAGAAUAUAUUUAUAAUGUUGAACAUUUUUAUUUCAAGUAGUGCAAGUACGGCCUUUAGAACUACCAUCUGGAGGUUGUUGGUGGAGUCCUAUGACUUCGAGAUACUUUUUGUGAUGUUGCACAGGUUCAAAAGCACUGUAUUUCUCAACUCCUGCAUAGUGUAAAAAAACCCCAACAUAUUUUUAGUGAUAACUGUCACUUGCCGCACGUUAUUUCGCAACCCCUCUCCGGAAUGCGAAUGUCAACACUUUUACCAACAAUUCGCACUCACGUCAAUAAAGCCGUUUUUGGAUACUUGGCCGACAAUUUUUGUAAGCCCCAUAAGAUCAGCAAUGUCAUGCGCGCAGCGAAUACUAAUCUUGAUGAAAGAGGACAUCAGAGGCAAAUCUUCAACCCAUGAAGUGAAACCAGUUGCUGUUGAUGCAGUAGUGAAAACAUUCAGAUAUGUAACUCUGCAUUAUAGAUGCAACGAAAAUAGUAAUAGCGGUACCCAAUCUGUUUACCUUCGUUUGCACGAGAUCAAGAGUUGAAAAACAAAAAGCAGCUCGAAUUUGAAAGGCG